AUGGUGGAUGGACAGUUAUACAGCGACGCCAAGAUGGAACUGUGGACUUCUAUAGAGGUUGGGCUGGACGGAUUUGGGAACACAACAGGCGAGUACUGGGUUGGUCUUAAAGACAUUGAUAUAUUAACAACAAUUAGUAGUGAACUUUAUAUAGAAAUGGAAACGUUUGAACAUGAUAAUGUUUCACCCGCAUCAGCUUUUGCCGAAUAUUCCACCUUUAAAGUCAAUGGCGAAAGUGACGAAUACAGGUUGUCAGUAUCGGGAUAUAAUGGAAACUGUGCGGAUUCCUUUAGCAAUCAUAACGGCUGGAAAUUUUCCACAUUCGACAAUGAUAAUGACGAAACAGGUAGCGGAAAUUGUGCCGUUGAUUACAAUGGAGCCUGGUGGUACAGAGCCUGUCAUGCUUGUAAUUUAAAUGGGUUAUAUUUGGGCGGUUCUAACACAGAAUAUGGUAAAGAACUUCAGAUGUUUGGAUGUGAGACAGGUUAUUUUUUAAGUAGAGAAAAUUUAAUGAAUUUUUCUGAGACUUGGAAAGAUAACAUUAUGGCAUUUUGGAUUACACCCAAUGGGUUGUACAAGAUAGUACAUCGCCAACCAGGUGUCUUUGACUUCUUAUCCCUUUAUGAGCUGGGCAACGCUGAAGACGGUGUGUAUGUUAUUCAAAUGAAGGAAGGUGUUAAUAUUGACGUGUGGUGUGAUAUGUCUAAUGGUGGAUAG